GAUUUAGUUCAUCGCAUCUCCGUUGUGCAGAUUUUAUAGAUUUUUCUUCUACUUAUAAUCUCAAAUAUUUUGUGCAAGUGUGUGUGCGCCCGCGCGCGUGUGUGUGUGAAACGAAUAGUGCUAAAAGUUUAGUACAUUUUAGCUGAAUAGACAUUUAACUAUUUUAUAUAUGUCAAUAACAACAUACAACAUCAGUUUUUAUUUAUUUACCUUUGUCACACAAAAGUGUAAAUGGUUUGACACCUAAUGAUUCGAUUUCAUGACAAUUUAUUUGAAUCAAUUAAGGAAAUAAUACGGUGCAACCAAAACAUAUUAACGCCAUCAAAAUGUGGGACAUCUCAUUGAUAUUUCAUGAAAAGCAAGAAGGCAGGCUAUGUGCGCAGCAUUGUUUGAAUGCAGUGUUGCAAGGAUCAUAUUUCACGGCUGUUGAUUUAAGUGAAAUAGCAAUGGGUUUGGACGAAGAGGAGCGCAAACAAAUGUCCGAAAAUGAAAAAGGUGUUGAAUCGGAAGAUUACAAGAGAUUCCUGCAACAACCGUCGGGUAACAUGGAUGAUACGGGUUUCUUUUCAGUUCAAGUGAUUAGCAAAGCGUUGGUGCUAUGGAAUUUGGAUUUGAUACCAUUAAAUAGUAAAACUAAUUCGAUUGCCACCGACAUUCGGGCGAAUCCAACCAAAGCCCAAGCAUACAUAUUCAAUAUGGAAAGUCAUUGGUAUUGCAUACGUCGUUUCAAAUGUGAUACAACACAAAGGCCACCAUCCAACGAAACAUACGCUUACUUUAAUUUGGAUUCGUUGUUAAGUCGGCCCGAUUACAUGAGCAGCUCAUUCUUAUUAGAAUAUAUCAAACAAAUGCAAAACGAAGGCUAUUCAAUAUUUGUUGUGAGCGGCGAUUUUCCGGAAAGUGUAUCGGAGCCAAUCAAAUAUGUGCCAAACAGUGCACCACCAACAUCGUCAACCGCCUUCAUCGAUCUAACCAAGUCCGAAUCAAAGGUGUCGGACGACGAAGACAUUCAACGUGCUAUUAAAUUAAGUCUCGAUGAAUAUUCAAAGAAAUACGAUCGGUAUAUGCCACCAGAGGCGACAGAAUACAAAGCCAGUAGCAGUGGUGCAUCAACAUCGACGGAGAGUAACUCCGAUUUGGAUGCCGCAUUGAAAUUAAGUCUGGAAUGUUUUGGUGGUAGUGGUCAAGAGCUCAGCAACACAAAUAAAUCGGAAACGCUCACCCAGAAUCAAUUGAGAGACAAACGUUUAGCUUAUUUCAGUGCAAUGUCUUCGAAUGACAAGUAAAUUGAUUUACACUACUUUUAUUCACCAAAUGCAAACGAAGAUUAUAACAUAAAACACGAGGAAUAUAAUGUGUUAUCGUAUAACAAAACUAACAGUUAAGUUUUAAUUUUUAAGAAAGAAACAAAAAAAAAACACAUACACAACACUUCUAACUCUAGUUAUUUAUUGAUUUAUUCGUUGUUAAAUUUUUAAUUUGAAACAAUUGAAAAAAAAAUUGAGUUAAGUGAAUUGUAAAAUGUAAGCUGCAAAGUGCGCUGCGAUCACAAAUAAUUUAUAAUAGAAUAAAUAAUGUGCCUUUGAAGCAACACCACAUAACUGAAAAUAUCAAAUAAAAAACUAAAACAUAA